AUGGCCCGAAGAAUUGAACCCGUAUCUGUUGAUAACGGCCUCGUCCUGCGAAAGACGGAAGAACCGAGGAGGUCGAUGACCUGGCCCUCCUUGUCGAACCCGGCCGCCAUUCCGAGUGGAUUCGACAAUGUCUUGCCAAACACCUUCACCUGCAGUGCCGGAUCGUCCAUGUCGACAAACAGUUUGGGAGUGAGACCGUAUUUGAGCAGCGCAAUCCCGAGCUUGUGUCCUGUCUCAGCGUCGGUGGUCAGCCGGAUCAGGGGACACCAGAUGUACUCGUUCGCGGCGGACCUGGCGUCCAAGGAGUACAGUCCCAGUGCCACGAGGAGUGCGAUUGCUGUCUUGGGCAAAAACCCCGCUCUGCGCAAUUGGCCGCCUGAGGACGACGUGCUUGCCAUCCGCGACACAACGGCUGCGCGCGAACGUCUCACGGGGCUCAGAACACCCCUUUUCAAGCUCAAGGAAACAACACCGGUUCGACCAAGCAUGAGAAAAUUGUUGCACAGCCAGUGUCGAAUUUCAUAUACCGAGAUGCACAGCCCGAGACUGGGUCAGCAUCACUUGCUGUUGGACUCGCGGACUCUUUCCCACGCCGAGGUUGGUGCUGGUGCAGGCGUCUGUUUGUCAGGCAGCGACGGGUCGAUGUCGAAGAGCGACGAAGGUGUCUGGGCGGAAUUGGCGGAAGAUGGUGGGUUUUCGUCGUGUUCCUCCUUUCUCACUUUAGCCCAGGCCGUGUUGUCGUCUACAACGGGCUGGAACCGCGGGUCAACCGUGCGGGGGUCCUUGAUUUUGUGUUCGGGAUGUUUGAUAGUCUCGCGGAAGUAG